AUGGAAGGUCGGAGGGCGAGGUAUUUUCAUGUCAUUUUGGCGAUAUUGUCGCAGUGCUCCGGCAAGAUCUCUAGUCUUCCCGAAUCUAUCCUCCGCUUGGAUGGCUACCAAGGAGAAGUGGCUUGCGAUGUGUGUCAGGUUUAUGUAGACGGUGAUGGGGUGUAUUAUCGUUGCUCGAGAUGCAAUGAUUAUCGGUUUGCCAUUUGCGAUGACUGCAAGACGCGAGGAAUGGUGCACCUGUCUGAAUGGGGUCGCAUGAAAUGCGUCAAUUGGAACAGAAGCAACUUGACGCGGAGCGACGAGUUAGGUUUGAUGAUAUGUAUUGUCCUUGCCGCGGAUGGAUCAGGCCUCGGUGAGAUAUACUAA